GCAGCAAGCCCAGCUGCCCCUGGGCCUGUUCACACUUGAAAACUUCCUGCGAUGAGAGCGGAAACACAGGUGCUGUCCCCACCACAACAGCCCCCAGAGCUGGCCGGGGGAGCCAUGGACAGGCCCCGGGCCCUGGUCCUGCUCUUGGCGCUGCUGACACUCUGCAUCACUGCAGGGACCCCUGAGGUGUGGGUGCAAGUUGAGAUGGAGGCCACCAAGUCCCUGUCCUUCACUGUCCGCUGUGGAUUCCUGGGAUCUAGUGCUAUCUCCCUAGCAACUGUGAGUUGCGGGGGCCGCGAUGGUGCCGGAGGGACCAAGCUGGCUGUGUUGCACCCAGAAUUCGGCAUCCAGCAGUGGCCUCCUGCCCGCCAGGCCCACUGGGAAACCAGAACCACCAUCUCCCUCACCCUGGAAGGGUCUGAGGGGAGAAGCCCCAGUCCCAACACCACCUUCUGCUGCAAGUUUACUUCCUUCCCUGAGGGCUCCCAGGAGGCCUGUGGGAACCUUCUCCUGGGCACAGACCAAGGGCUCCCUGCUUCUACUCCAGCCCCUAUUCUGCGGGCUGAACUGGCCGGAGUCUUGGGGGUUUCAGGGGUCUUCCUCUUCGGCUGCAUCUACCUCCUCCACCUUUUGCAUCGGCAGAGGCACUGGUCUGUCACGAAGCUUCAGCCACCUCUCAGCAGCCUCCAGACACAGACACAAGCAAGGGCAGCUGGCCAGGCCUCCCUGGCCUCUCUCCACAUGCCCUAUGCCACCGUCACCACCAACUACUGCCCAGCAGCUCUGGACACAGUUCUCCAGCCCCGGCCCCUGUCUAGGUGGGUGCGGCUCCCCAUCCAUGCAGCACAGCAACCAGCCCCUUGGGCACCUCUGCCAACCUCUGCUCGAAGUAGUUUUGUCUCUGUCGAGAAUGGACUUUAUGCUCAGGCAGGAGAGAGGCCUCCCCACACAGGCCCCAACCUUAGCCCUUUCCUUGACCCUCUGGGGCCCAGAGCCAUGGAGGGGUGUUUAGGAGUUCAGUGAAAGCGUUCACUUGGCCUUCCUCCCUGCCCAGGCUUCUGGCACUACCCUCUUCUGUUGGUUUCUGUGUCCUGGGCACCCAUUGUCUGCACAUCUUAUUAGGCCUCCAAUAAGUGUCGCCACACAUACUCAGCCAGGGCCCACUUGCUGCGGAUGUGGUCAGUGUGUGUGCUCGUGUGGAUAUGUGUGGGUACGUGUGUGUGUGUGAGAGAGGUAACAAAACCCCAUCCCAGGUUGUUUCCUGUUUUCAAGUUCCCAGCCCUCCCAGGUGAUGUUGAUAACUAAGUCAACAAAAAUGGUUUAUCUGGGAUCUUGGCUAGGCCUUUUCUUCUUUGGGAGGUUAAGAGGCAAUUUCAACCCCUGGGAGGCAGGGGCCAGGUUAGAAUUGGA